AUGAGUUUCCUAAUUUGUUUUCUCUGUGUAUCAACGUCGUUUUCGAGUUUUUUAGUGUCUGUACGUUUUAACAGGCACACAAGUUUGUAUUUCAGGAGAGAUGUUGCCGUCAUACCAGAUUCGGUAUUGAGUUUUACAGAAUGUGCAAUGAAAUGUGUUUGUAAAAAUAAAUGCGUUUCAUUCUUUUACAACCACUUUGAUUCCCUUUGUCAGCUGGGAGGGAAAAUAUACGUGUCUUUUGCUGACAGCAGCACAGACCCAUGGAAAUAUUACGAAAUGGACCUUAAAAAUGUUGCAGCUUUGAAAACAGUUGCAUUGAGUUCUGAACACAACCCACCUAGUCAUUCCCCACAGUAUGCCACGGAUGAUCACGUAUAUAAUUCUAUAUAUGGGAUAAAUUGCUCUCACACAUUGGGUGAAAUUACACCAUGGCUGACCAUUGACUUGGAAAACACAUUUUAUGUUCAUUAUGUCACUCUCGUGAACAGAAUCGAUGCAGAAGGUCAGCGUCUUCGGAAUAUCAGCGUCUAUUUGGGUGACGAUCAUGUGAUUGGGUCAUUCCCGGUCGUCUGUGGCAGGUACGCAGGUCCAGGUGAAAAUGCAGAAGUUGUCCACAUUGUGUGUGAUAAACCUGCAAAGGGAAGAUUCGUUAGUAUUCAAUUGAACAAUAACAAUUUCCCUGAAUAUCACGCUUUAACUCUGUGUGAAGUCAGAGUUUUAGUUUAAUUACUGGUUGUUGUAUUUUUUAAAACGCUUGCAAGGUAUUGGUGAUCUUUAAAACUUUCGCAUAUGGAGGUGUCAACGAUUGGAAAUAGUGGU